AUGAAGAGAAAGAACUCAAACUCUGCAAUCCAAGAAAAACAAGAACAUGAUGAUUCUCUCCUUGAUCUUUCUCUAUCAAUCCCUUCAAACAAAGACCCCUCCUCUUCAUCGACCAACACACCGCGUGUCCGGCGCAACUCUGCCGCACCUUCACAAGCACGGGAGGCGGCCAAGAGCGGCACAAUCACACCACCAUACCCUUGGGCAACUGAGUACCGAGCCAAGGUCCAUUCAAUGCAGUACUUAUUACAAAAUGGGAGACGAACCAUAAAUGAUCAAGUACAAUGCAAGAAAUGUGAGAAAACUUUUGACUUAGAUUAUGAUAUUCAAGAAAAGUUCCAAGAAAUUAGCACACUUAUAGCAACACAGAGAGACGAGUGGCAUAAUCGCGCUCCUCGUGCUUGGACCGAUCCUGUGCUUCCAACGUGCAGGCUUUGUGGAGAGGUAGAUGCUUGUAAGCCAUUGAUUUCGGAGAAGAAGAGAAGUAUCAAUUGGUUGUUCUUGGUACUAGGACAACUUUUGGGAUGUUGCACUUUGGAACAAUUGAAGUACUUUUGCAAGCAUACUAAACUUCAUCGUACUGGUGCUAAGGAUAGGUUGAUUUACCUUUCUUAUUUCGAAUUAUGCAAGCAGCUUGAUCCUAAAUGGUCCGUUUGA